AUGGCAACGGGUGACUCCGAGGCCGCUUCGGUCAAGGCCCCGAAGCGAAUCCUCUUCAUCGACGCCUACGACUCCUUCACCAACAACAUCGUCUCCCUGCUGAGAACCAUCCUCGGCGCCGACGUCUUUGUCGUGAGGAUUGAUCUAUCAAUUGUUGAAAAGACGGGGGACCACGAGGAGGCGACACCUACCAGGUGGACAGAGGCUGAGUUUGUCGAUAACCUCGCUCAGUUUGACGCUGUUGUUUGUGGGCCUGGUCCCGGUUCACCGCUUAACCCGGAUGAUGUCGGGGCUUUCAACUUGUUAUGGAAGUUGCCUGAGGAGCUGCAGGUGCCGGUGCUGGGCAUAUGUCUUGGAUUUCAGAGUCUUGUUGCGGCACAUGGCGGUGCUGUUCGGAGGUUGAAGAGGGGUCUGCACGGCAUGGUGAGGGAGAUUGAGCAUCGUGGUGACGUCUCGGGGGACAUCUUUCAGGGUGUUCCGUCCUUCAAGGCGACGCUGUAUCACAGUCUGUGUGCAGACAUUGGACAGGAUAACGCAGAGUGGAAGCACGAGGAUCGAUGGAAGCCUUCCGCGUCGGCGCCGCAGUUGGUUCCCCUGGCGUGGACGAUGGAGACUCGCGAGGAUGGUCGAAAGGAGCGCAUUCUCGAGGCCGUGAGACACAUCACCAAACCCAUCUGGGGUCUGCAGUAUCACCCAGAGUCAGUUUGCACUGAGAAUGCUGCCAAGGGCGUGCUUGUCAACUGGUUCCAUGCGGCGCUGCAGUGGAACAAGGUCCAUGGACGGCGGACUCGAGGGCCACUAUUGGAGAUUCAGACCUUGUCGCCGCCGAAUCAUCUCGAAUCUGUGGCUGCGCAUAGGGAAAGGUCGAGGGAGGGCUGGUGGUCGAGAUCUGGAGCGACUUCGCUGAGGGAUUAUGGGAGAGAUUGCGAGUAUACACAUCGUGUGUUGCCUCUACCGCAGGGUGUUGGUGUGCCCGAGAUGGUCGAGAUGCUUGGUCUAGCAAGGGGUGAGUCUGUUAUCCUCGACUCAUCAAGCUCCAAGAAUGGAGAUGCUCUCGCCGUGAGCAGCAUCGUGGCUCUCGAAGUGGAAACUGCUCUACGACUCGAGUAUAGCGUAUCCGACAAUCACGUCACGGUUCGACUUACCGGUACAGCUGGCAGCGAGGACCAAAUCGAGAGAGUCGACCUUGAGGACGGCACCGUCAAUGUAUGGGAGGUCAUUUCAGACUUUUGGGAGGCGAGGAGUCACCCUCCCAACUCUGACAAGUCCAGCUCGGCGUUCAAGGGCGGAUUCAUGGGUUUCAUCACUUAUGAGAUGGGAUUGUAUGGGCUGGAGAAGAAGUUGGUGUCGGGGGAUAGGGGGCACAAGAGACCGGAUAUAUGCUUGGCGUGGGUAACGAAAAGCAUCGUCUUGGAUCACCGAGCUGGUGUUGCUUAUAUCCAGCACUUGAAGCAGAGAGGCUCGGAUGAUACAUGGCUUGAAGUUACGACGAACAAGAUUAAAAGUUCAGGGGUUUGGGGGUCAAAUGCUCGCAACGGCGUCAACAACAACAACGCUAUCCAGACGAGGAAUGACAGAAUCAAAAUCACCACACCCCAGCGCGACAGAUAUGAGGAGCAGGUCCGGCUUUGUCAAGACUUUAUCGCGGCAGGGGAUUCUUAUGAGCUUUGUCUCACUUCACAGACGACCAUGGCGAGACCGAGAGUACAACGUAUUGCAGGAGGGGGAUAUGAUGGAAGCAGCCCCUGGAAAAUCUACCAGACGCUACGAAAACGACAACCAGCCCCUUUCGGCUCCUUCAUCCGUCUCGGUGGCGCAACCAUGCUGAGCUGUUCCCCUGAACGCUUCCUCCGGCACGAUAGCAACGGGUUGUGCUCCAUGCGACCCAUGAAGGGCACUGUCCGCAAGUCAGAGGCCGUCUCAACGCUGGCCCAGGCUGAGAAGAUCCUCCACGUGCCCAAGGAAGUAGCCGAGAACCUAAUGAUUGUCGAUCUCGUCCGGCACGAUCUACACGGCGUCUGUGGUGUUGGAAAUGUCACUGUUCCAGAUUUGAUGAAGGUGGAGGAGUACGCGACCGUGUUCCAGAUGAUUACAGUCGUCAACGGCCAACUUCCUCGUCAAGGCCACAAGAUCGACGGCGCCCGCCGUGGCAGCUUGACUUCUCACUUUCCGUAUACGGGUCUUGAUGCGUUGGCUGCGGCUCUUCCCCCUGGAAGCAUGACGGGAGCGCCCAAGAAGCGCAGCUGCGAGAUUCUGCAAGUCAUUGAAGGUCACCAGGAGAGAAGCCUGUAUUCGGGUGUUGUUGGAUACAUGGACAUCACGGGAGCUGGAGACUGGAGCGUGACGAUCCGUACCAUGUUUCGCUGGGAUGAUGAAGAAGCUCCCCCUGAGGAGGGUGAGACGGAACCAAGAGAGGUUUGGAGGAUUGGAGCCGGCGGUGCCGUGACGAUCCUCAGCACGCCUGAGGGAGAGAGGGAUGAGAUGUUUACCAAGCUAGCUGGUCCUCUCGGUGUAUUCCGAGACGCGGCCUAG